CAAGUAACAGUAAUUCAAAAUAUUAAAGCAAUUUUAAAUUCUUUAACGAAGUUUACACGACUUAAAAACACUUAUAAACAUAUUUUUUUAAUGUUGUAAUCUAUAAAAUUCACUUGUUACCAUUAACAACACCACUUAGAAAACAUUUUACCUUGAGAAAAAUUUAUUGAAAACUGUGUUUAAACAUGAACUAGCUGUUUUAUCUCUUAUUCUUGUCAACUUAAGAUAAACAAAAGAAGUUCAACCUAUACUAAAAAUUUUAACACCUUCGCUUCAAAUGAAAUAAAUUGGGAAAAAGACUGAAACUCAAAGGUGCGAGUCCAACACUUUUUCAACUCAAUUCAUUCGUCACGAAUGAUCUUUUGACUUUGAUCUUAAUUAUUAAAGAUUUAGAGAGAGAAAACAAUCUGAAUCAUAUCUACCCACACACAAACAAUAAAACUUAAAGAUUUAACUACGAAUUACAGAAUUUUGAUCAAUUAUCAGUAAAAAUUAGAAAAUGUUCUAUUGUCAGUUUAAGAUUACUUUCAUUACAUAAGAAUUGAUAAGCUGAUAAGAUAGGAAAGUGAUUGAAUUUUUUAUAGUUUGCUAUUAACCGCAAUAGCAAAUCGCUAUGUACGAAUUAAAGAUGGGUCUACUUUUAUACACCUGUGUCCUUAUGGCCCUCCUUACCCUACUUUACAGGACCAGUUCAGUGGCUCGUUAUUAUUUAAAAUUUAUAUUUUUCGGCAUUUCUAGUUGUCUUCUGGCUUCGGCCCCCAUCCCCCUCAUGUUACGCAGACCACGUGACCCUCGAAACGGCCUGAUUCCAGCUCACGGGAUACGACUCGCUUGUCGUUUAAUAGGUGUCACUACUAGUCUCGAAGGUCACGAAAACAUUGUAAAAGACUCCGGUUGUGUCAUUCUGAUGAACCACCAAUCAAUGCUCGAUUUGUUAAUUUUAGCCGAAUUGUGGCCGGCUUUGGACAACUGUACAGUCAUUUCGAAAAAGGAAAUUUUGUACUUCCAGCCGUUUGGCCUCGCGGCCUGGCUUUGGGGUACCAUUUUCAUUGACAGGGUAAAAAGGGAGCACGCUCAAGCGGCGGUUAACAAAACCGGAGAGACCAUAAGGACGCGCAAAGCCCGAGUACUUAUGUUCCCAGAAGGGACCAGAAACAAUAAAGAGACUUUACUGCGGUUCAAAAAGGGGGCUUUCCACGUGGCUUUGGCCUCAAAGUGCCCCAUCCAACCCGUGGUGGUCAAUCGGUAUAGGUUUUUGGGGAAGCACCGGUUUGAUGAUGGGCAUUUGAGGAUCAAGAUUUUGCCUCCUAUUUCGACGGAGGGGUACACCGUGGAAAAUAUGCAAGAAUUGAUGGACAAAACCUACAAGAUUAUGGCACAAGAAGUGGAAGUUUUGACCAAAGAAGUGGAUGUAGGAAAGAAAAAAAAAGACUAGGGUUUUUUUUUGUUUGGUUUAUUAUGCACAAGUGUACAUAUUUUUUGUAAUUUAUUAUUACUUUAAUUAAAUUUUAGUUAAAAAACAGGAAAUGUAUAGUUUACAAAAUUGAAAUAUUCGAUCCUUGAUUAUGAUAAAAAAGAUCGAGAUUCAAGAUUCAAGUAAGUCACGUGACUUUGUAAUAACUGUCAUAAUCCGUAGUCAUAAUUUGUAUACUCUUUUUCAUAUUAAUGUGCAUCAAGUAGGUUGUAGAAGUCUAAAUGCAUCUUUAAUUUAAAGGGCCAUUCACACAAAAAGUGUGAUUAAUAUCAUUCAGCAGCAGAACAAAUUUAAUCAUAUCAAUAAUGACAAAAAUCUUUGUUUGCAACCCUACAUUAAUUCCCUUGUUAAUUUGAAUUAUGUUUUGCUACCUGAGGUACACAUUUAUAAAAAAAAAUAUUACUAGGGAAGAUUGAGGUGAGGAUAGUUUGAAUUUUCGCAUGGUUGCCGGCCUAAAAUGAUCCCUUUCAUCGAUUACUUCGAUACACAUUAAUAUGAAAACGAGUAAAGUCGCGGUCCAUUCAUAGUGGACACUUCCCUGUGUAAAUUUGUAAAAAUUGAGUUGUGUAAAUCGGACUUUAAACAUCCAAUUGUUUUUUUAGGGACAUUCAUUGUGGAUCGCUUUGUAUAAUCACACAGCCAUUACAUUAAUCAAAAUCUUACACUGGAUUACAUGUUUCGUGGCCGAGGUAUAAAUAAACUUGAAAUUUUAGACUCUUAA